GUGCAGCAUGUUCGGUUGUGAAGACCCAGCUUUUCCACGUAGUGUGUUUACUAAGUACAGGUUGUCGGCCGGUUUAUGUGUUUCAUUUGUGUAUAUUAGGAACCAUAUAGCUACCUUUUGAAUUAAUAGUUUUUGGUUUGAAUGUGUCUCACGUACUGGAAUGUCAAAAUAUAGUAGUUUUCCUAUGUCUUGUAAUUGAUUAUUGGUCAUCACUGUUGGGCAGUUAGCUUGCUAGCUUAUCAAUUGAAAUUGCACAGGACUCCAUCUUGGAACUCCUAACAGGUAUCAGGAUGGUGGACAAGAAUAUAUACAUUGUCCAAGGGGAGAUCUGUACUGUUGUAGGUGCCAUCAAGAGGAAUUCAAGGUGGAAUACCCAUGCUCCUUUGGAUGAGGAACAAGAUCCAUUGCUUAACAGUUUCAGCCACCUGAAAGAGAUUCUCAACAAUAUGAAAGAGCUGUCAGAUGUGGAGCCCAACGAAUUCCUGCGGCCCUUCCUGGAGGUGGUACGAUCUGAAGACACCACCGGACCAAUCACAGGCCUGGCCCUCACCUCUGUCAACAAGUUCCUGUCCUACGGCCUCAUAGAUGCUAACCACGAGGCGGCGGCGGAGGCCAUCGAGAACAUGGCGGAUGCCGUCACACACGCCAGAUUCGUAGGGACGGACCCCGCCAGCGAUGAAGUAGUGCUCAUGAAAAUCCUACAGGUCCUGAGGACUUUGCUGCUCACGCCCGUAGGAGCCCACCUGACCAACGAGUCUGUGUGUGAGAUCAUGCAGUCGUGUUUCCGCAUCUGCUUCGAGAUGCGCCUCAGCGAGCUCCUGAGGAAAUCAGCCGAACACACACUGGUGGACAUGGUGCAGCUGCUGUUUUCCAGACUACCCCAGUUUAAAGAGGAGGCCAAAAGUUUUGUGGGCGCCAACAUGAAGAAGAUCCCGUCCUGUAUCCUGGACACACAGGAUCUUAUUUGUACAGAGCAGCCUAAAAACACCAAUCAGAGGGGCUUAGAGAGGCUGAAGAUGCGUGCUGGUGGGAUGAGUGAGUCGUCAAAGUGGAAGAAGCAGAAGCGCUCGCCCCAUCCCCCCCGUCACAUGGUGCGAAGUGCCUCGGGCGGGUUGGAGCAGGCCCCUACCACCACCCUCAGCAACAACAACCUCUCUGGUGGUGUCCCAUUCAUCGAGCAGGAUAGUUUGUCUGUCUCAGACAGCGUGGCCUCCUCCAUGUCCAUCCCCACAGACAGCGGCCUGGACACCUGCUCCAAGGCCACCUCCAGAGAGGACCUGACAGACCUGGACCAGAGCAGCUCUGCCGCCACCACCCCAUCCACAGAGCCUGGACGCCUGUACACUCAGUCUGAGUGUAGGCAGGUGGAUCAUGCCCAGUCAACCUCGGUGGAGUCCAUCCCUGAGGUCCUGGAGGACGGAGAAUCUGUGACGGAGCAUUCGGACUCAGCCUCAUUACAUGACAUGGACUAUGUCAACCCCCGAGGAGUACGCUUCACACCACAGCAAACACAGAGAGACGGUGCGGCUCUCAUCCCCUACUCCCUGCCCUGUCUGCGGGAGAUCUUCCGCUUCCUCAUCUCACUGACCAACCCCCAUGACCGCCACAACACGGACGCCAUGAUGCACAUGGGCCUGCAGUUGCUGACCGUGGCUCUGGAGGCGGCUCACAUCGCCCCCUACCAGUCACUGCUGGGCCUGGUCAAAGACGAUCUCUGCAGACACCUCUUCCAGUUGCUAAGUGUGGACCGUAUGAACCUGUAUGCCGCCUCCAUCCGAGCGUGCUUCUUGCUCUUUGAGAGCAUGCGAGGACAUUUGAAGUUUCAGCUCGAGAUGUAUCUAAAGAAGCUGAUGGACAUCAUCACGUCAGAGAACAUGAAGAUGCCCUAUGAGAUGAAGGAGAUGGCCCUGGAGGCCCUGGUGCAGCUCUCGAGGAUCCCCAGCUUCGUCACCGAGCUCUACAUCAACCACGACUGUGACUUCUACUGCUCAAACCUGUUUGAAGACCUCACCAAGCUGCUCUCCAAGAAUGCCUUCCCUGUGUCCGGACAGCUCUACACAACCCACCUCCUCUCACUAGAGGCCCUACUCACUGUGAUUGACAGCACUGAGGCCCACUGCCAGGCCAAGGUGCUCAACAGCACCACUCAGCAGGACCAAUCAGCAGAAAUGGUGUUGGCAGAAGGGAAGUACUCAGCCAACGACUGUACAGACACAACCACGGAAGCGAGCAGGCAGGUGAACAGUGCCAACGGUCAGAAUGUUCCAGAGGCUGACAGUGUGCCCCUACCACCUACCAGCGGGCACCUGAUGGCAGAGAAGAUGAGACUGGGCAGACGAGACCAGGAGGAGACAGAACCAGCUGAGAAGAAAGAACCAAAAAAGCCACAACGCUUCUCGUCUUGUUUACCUGAUUCUCAAGAGCUGUUGGACAUCAGAAAUAAAAAGAAGCUGCUGAACAGCGGAACAGAGCAGUUCAACCAGAAGCCUAAGAAGGGCAUCCAGUUCCUGCAGGAGAAGGGUCUCCUCAGCAGCCCCAUGGACAACAACGAGGUGGCCCAGUGGCUCCGGGAGAACCCCCGCCUCGACAAGAAGCAGAUCGGAGAGUUCAUCAGUGACCGCAAAUACAUGGAGCUACUGGACAGCUUCGUCAGCACGUUCACCUUCCGAGGGCUGCGUAUUGACGAGGCGCUGCGUCUGUAUCUGGAGGCCUUCAGACUGCCAGGAGAGGCUCCGGUCAUCCAUAGACUUUUGGAAACCUUCACAGACACCUGGCAUAAAGUGAACGGCUCUCCCUUCAUGACCAACGACGCAGGCUUCGCCCUGGCCUAUGCUGUCAUCAUGCUCAACAUGGACCAGCACAACAACAACGUGCGCAAGCAGAACAUCCCCAUGACCAUUGAGCAAUUCAAGAAGAAUCUGAAGGGUGUGAAUGGAAAUACAGACUUUGAUCAGGAUAUGCUGGAGGACAUCUACAAUGCAAUCAAGAAUGAAGAGAUAGUGAUGCCAGACGAGCAGUCUGGCCUGGUGAAGGAGAACUAUGUAUGGAACGUGCUGCUCCACCGGGGGGCCACCUCUGAGGGGGUCUUCCUCCAUGUGCCCGCCGGCAGCUACGACCACGACCUGUUCACCAUGACCUGGGGGCCCACCAUCGCAGCCCUCUCCUACGUCUUCGACAAGAGCCUGGACGACACAAUCAUCCAGAAGGCCAUUGCUGGCUUUAGGAAAUGUGCCAUGAUAUCAGCUCAUUAUGGAUUCAGUGACGUUUUUGAUAAUUUGAUCAUCUCCCUCUGCAAGUUUACAACACUCAGCAGUGAGUCGGUGGAGAACCUGCCCACAGUGUUUGGGAGUAACGGGAAGGCACAGAUAGCGGCGAAAACAAUGUUCCACCUGGCCCACCGGCACGGUGACAUCCUGAGGGAGGGCUGGAAGAACAUCAUGGACUCCAUGCUGCAGCUGUUCAGAGCCGAGCUGCUGCCCAAGGCCAUGCUGGAGGUGGAGGAUUUUGUGGAGCCAAAUGGAACGAUUUCCCUUCAAAGAGAAGAGACACCGUCAAAUCGGGGUGAGUCUGCGGUGCUGAGCUUUGUGAACUGGCUGACACUGAGUGGAGCGGAGCAGUCUGGUCAACGUGGGCCCUCUACUGAGAACCAGGAGGCCAAGCAGGCAGCCAUGCUCUGUAUCAAGCAAUGUGACCCAGAGAAGCUGAUCACAGAGAGUAAAUUCCUGCAGCUGGAGUCUCUACAGGAGCUGAUGAAGGCCCUGAUCUCAGUCACACCUGAUGAGGAGACGUAUGAUGAGGAGGAUGCUGCGUUCUGCCUGGAGAUGCUGCUACGCAUAGUCAUGGAGAACAGGGACCGUGUGUCGUGUGUAUGGCAGACGGUGCGGGAUCACCUGUGCCACCUGUGUGUCCAGGCUACAGAGAGCUGCUUCCUGGUGGAGAGGGCCGUGGUGGGCCUCAUCAGACUGGCCAUCCGCCUGCUGCGCAGAGAGGACAUCAGCUCCCAGGUGCUGCUGUCCCUGCGUCUCCUGCUGAUGAUGAAACCACACGUCCUGGCCCGGGUUAGCCGGGAGGUGGCCUAUGGCCUCCAUGAGCUGCUUAAGACCAACGCUGCCAACAUCCACUGCACAGACGACUGGUUCACCCUUUUCUCCCUAAUCGAGUGCAUCGGGGCCGGGAUCAAACCCCCCGCCUCCUUCAGGGUCACCUCCACUACCCCAGACAUCGACACAGGUGCCCAGUCGGACAGUGAGCUGUCGUUCCACCACCCCAGUGAGGUGAGUCUGGACCGGGGGUACACCUCUGACUCUGAGGUCUACACGGAGCACGGAAAGUCCAGGAUGCACCGCUCUGUCACUGACGUGGACGUGACCAGCAGCGGAUGGCUGGUGGUUGGGAAAGACGACCUGGACAUCAGCAAGGUAGCGGCUUCUGGCUCCAAGACCCUGCUAAACCCUCUAGUGAACCAGUACAGCCUGACCCUGGGUCAAGACAUGGGUUUCCACGACACCAAGUCUCUCAUCAAGUGUGUGGAGUCCCUCUCCUUCAUAGUACGCGACGCUGCACACGUCACCCCCGAGAACUUUGAGCUGUGUGUCAAGGCCAUCCGGGUGUUUGUGGAGGCCAGCCUAAACGGAGGCUACAGGACCUAUAAGAAGAAGAAGAACCACAAGUACGACUCCCAGAAGUCCCGUGUGAGGAGGAAGCCCCGGGACAAAGAGGGGGCAUCCCGCCGCGCCAAGGCCUCCAACCAGAGGCUUUCCCGUUCCCAUAGCGACGACGAGGAGGACGAGGGGGUCCCUGCCAGCUACCACACGGUGUCAUUACAGGUUAGUCAGGACCUGUUAGAUCUGAUGCACACGCUGCAUACGAGGGCCUCCGGCAUCUACAGCUCCUGGGCAGAGGAGCAGCGCCGCCUGGAGCCUGUAGGGAAGAAGAUUGAGGCCGACUCCCAGACACUGUGGACCAGCUGCUGGUGCCCACUGCUCCAAGGGAUAGCCUGGCUGUGCUGCGACGCCAGGAGGCUGGUGCGAAUGCAGGCCCUGACCUACCUCCAGAGGGCACUGUUGGUCCAUGACCUGCAGACACUAGAUGCUGUGGAGUGGGAGUCCUGCUUCAACAAGGUGCUGUUCCCCCUGCUGACCAAGCUUCUGGACAAUAUUAGCCCUGCAGACGUGUGUGGCAUGGAGGAGACCAGGAUGAGGGCUUGCACCCUGCUGUCAAAGGUGUUCCUGCAGCACCUCUCUCCUCUGUUGUCUCUGUCCACCUUCGCUGCCCUGUGGCUCACCAUCCUGGACUUUAUGGACAAGUACAUGCACGCUGGCUCCAGUGACCUGCUGCUGGAGGCCAUCCCAGAGUCUCUGAAGAACAUGCUGCUGGUGAUGGACACAGCAGGAAUCUUCCACAGCGCUGACUCUCGUACGGGAUACUCUGACCUGUGGGAGAUCACUUGGGAACGCAUCGACUGCUUCCUGCCUAACCUCCGGGAGGAGCUCUUCAAACAGACAGUCAUACCACAACCAGAUCCUCCUCCUAGUCCCCCAGUGGAGCUUGUCCAGCUGGCUGCCCCCUGCCCCCCAGCCUCGCCACCCCCAGCUCAGGCCCCAUCUCCUGUGCCAGUGCCUGCUGCCCCCACAGAGCCAAAGACCUCCAGCAGACCAGUGUCGCCCCAAGGUCCCCCACCACCUAGUACCAACGGAACAGACAGAUCAUCUCCAGUGCCCCCGUCGACUCCCCCCAUGCCCACCCCAGUGAAGAUGUCUCCCCAGAUCUCUAGCCCACUGAUCCAGUCCCCCACAAGUCAGUCCCCCCUCAUCCUGCAGCCCCUGGCCUCCCAUCUGCAGGUGGGGGGCGUGCCCCCUAUGUCCCUCCCCAUUAUCCUCAACCCCGCCCUCAUUGAGGCCAGUUGCCCUGUCCCCCUGCUCCCCGCCCCCCACCCCACUGACCAUAGUGACACCCUGCAGGUCAAAUAGAGCCACCAUAGCCCUAUGCCUACUCUUACGGGGGGCACUCCAUCCCCCACCUGUCCCCUAAACAACAUAGCUUUCUCCUUAGGCUCUGCCCCCCUUCACACAGGGGAAUAAACUGUCUGUGACACGCAGAGAGAGACCCUGGACAUCCAUGGUCACCUCUCAGACGACACUAAACAACAGACACAUCUAGCUUUGAAGUCUUAUCUAACAUCCUGGGGCCUGCUGUCCUUCAAUAUUCACUUAUUCGGCAGACAUUUUUUGGAACUCCGUCGGGGUCUCAAAUUACUUUUGAGAGUUAGAUUAGUAGAAUACACAAGGUGCAAGUUUGAAAAUUGGUUGUGCAUUAGCAGUUUUUCUCUUGUUUUGUCAGUCACUCCAAUUAGCCAUGUCGUCUAACAAUUUUUUGAUUGGUAAAUUAGUCUAGCCAGUUAUCUAAACUUGUAGUAAUCAUGGCCAAAUACUGACAGGGCACUUGCCCAGGGGCCCUGACUUCUAGGGGGCCCACAAUUUUUUUGAUUUUGUUAGUCACUCUCACUCAGAUAUCAUUAACAUGGCAAAAUGUGUAGAAUUGCAGGAAAUUGGCUUUAAAACUGCUAAAAUGUCUCUCCAUCCCAUGGAAAAAUGGGAAACAAUUGCAAGGAAAUAAGCUUUAAAACAGCAAAGUCAGUAGAAUUGCAUGAAAUGUAUGGCAAAAAUGUCUAUUCCCCAUGGCAAAAUGUAUAGAACUGCAGUAAACUUGCUUUAAAAAUGCUAACAUUUUUCUCUACACCCCAUGGCAAAAUGUUUUCCAGGAAAUUACUUUAAAAUAUAUUUUUCUCCACCCUCAGGGGGUGGGGCACAAAAAAAAUGGCCCGCUUGGUGGGGGGGCCCCCCAACCAAAUCUCGCUUAGGGCCCCCAAUAGCUAAAGUUUUGCCUGAGUAUGCCUGUGCUUAACAUUAAUCUAGAGGUUCUGCCAGGAACAAAAUCAUAGUGAAUAACUUAUUUGGGUUUUAGGUACUGCAUGUUGUUUACUGAAUAGGAUGUAAACAGAUUAAUUUACUCCAGUCAAAGUGUCAGGGCACUGUCUUAAAACAGAAACAGACUUAUAUCAUAACUAUUUUAUUGGAGGGUCGAAAUGUAAGUGUACAGUAAUAUAAAGCAUACAUAGUUUCUAUAUUUCCAGUAUAAAAUUGUGUCAGAGGUUAGAAAUUAGCCUACAAGUUGUCACAAUCUUGUUUGCAAAUUUUUAUUACAAUGGCCCUAAAACACAAAAGAACAAAGAUAUGUUUUAAAACGACACUUUAUGUACUUUAAAUAAUGUAAUACCCAAGCGGGACAAAGGUGUGCAUGGUUUGGCUUGGAAAGAUGGAUUUGAGAUGCUGCCAUUGCUAACAAGGGCAGCACCUAGAACAUUCCGAAUGUGACAACUGGUCUGGCCUGGGUGUGGUUGGUUCGCUGUGUUCUGUGAUGGUGGAACUCUGUACGUGUCAGCUUUUGUCGAUCAGGUUAGGAGAGUUUAAUAGUAAGGUCUUAAUGAGAUUAUUUAAUGGAGUACAAUAUUGCCUUUUGUCAUUUGUAUCCGGGUGUGUUUGUCACGUUUGUGUAAUAAAUGUUUUGUCACAUA